ACCUCAGAUCGUCCAACUGAUCGCUUGUCUAGCAUUCAGAUCACUACAAGCACUUCAGACAGCACCUGGGACACCACAUUUGGUGUCGAGGUUGAAUCAGGAACCCGGACAACCAUGGACACUACGACAACCACCGAAAAUUCUGCCAGUUCUGGUGGGAGAUCUGAAUCUCCCCACAACUGGAUCCCCAUCAAGGAGCACGAGUCCUUGUUUAGUACAAUCUACGCACUCUUCACCAAGUUAGGUUUCGAGGGGCACCAUGAGCUGAACGCGGAGGAACUCGUUACGAAGGCACUCAUUGAAAAUUUCCUUAACGUCAAGGUGGACAAUACAAUGUGUGACCUGAGCAUGGAGCUGGCCCGAGCGAAUGUACGACCUGUGACCCCAGACCAGGACCUGCUUUGUCAGCUCUCAAAAGUCGCGGAGGACCGACGGCAGCAGCUGCGGCAAAUGCAACUGGAGAUAAUUCAGGAGAUGGCUGAGAGAGAUAUCGCUUCGGAAAUGGAGUACUACUCUGUGCCCAGAGAGCUGAGGCGUCGGGAGGAGAUGGUCCAACGUCAACUGAUUGACUUCAUUGCCCGCACCUCGAACCACGCCUACCUUCGACUGGCCAAAGCCAAACAGGAGAUCCACAUAGCGAGGUCACGCUUCCGCAACUCCCCCGCGGACUCCGAGGCCAAGGCACAGGAUGGGUCGCAGGCAGAGACCAUAUCAAGUGCAACUUCCAGUUCUGUCAUCUCCACUCUGGACUUGGAUGGGGUAGACCCUAGCCGCUGCGAUCUUCAGGCCAAGUUCGUCUGGGAACAGAGGGAAUUUGAUGCGAGGUGGGAGGUGCUGGCGAAUAGGUUGGAGGAGUUGGAUCUGUAUACUUGA